AGUGCUGCAGGAGCAGGCGGAAUGUCAUGUGAUGUUUAAGCCGUAGCUGUCUGGAAGCUGCUGCUAAAUUGGAGCUGAAUCUCAGAGCACACCACUAACUCUCCCUCUCUUUCCAGAGGAAGACAGACCCAAAACAGCCAGGACAGGAUGUCUUACGGAUCCAUCGAUGGAGGCUCCUUUGGAGGCAGCCGAAACCCCUUCGGAGGCCCCAAGAGGCAGGGCUACCAACCAGUAGCAACACAGGUCAGCUCCUCAGAGCUGCAAGACGUGUUUCAAGAGACCUCCUCCAACAUUUUCCAGAUCAACGCAAAUGUUGUAACAUUAGAGAAGAGUCUUCAAUCUUUGGGAACGUCCAGAGACACUGCUGAACUGCGACAGAGCCUACAUUCUACACAGCAGCAAACGAACAAAGUCAUCACCAGCACCAGUCAACUCAUCAAACAACUCUCUGACAUCAUCACUGGCUCUACACGGCAAGAUCGUCUUCGCCUGACUAGACUUAAGACAGAACUCUCAGAGUCGGUUCAACGCUAUGGAGAUCUGCAAAAGAAAAUUGCAGACCGUUCGAGGGCCUUGCUACCCCCGGCACAGACAGAAAUGAAGCAGAGUCCCCAGACUCCAUUUGCAGAGCUGUGUGAGGAGGGGGGUCCCCUGUUUGGCAGUGCAGCAGAGAGCUCCGGGGGGGAUGGACAGGAGCAAGCGUUCCUCUCAGAGAUCAGUGAGGAAGACGUGGAGGCCCUUCGCCAGAGAGAAGAGGCCCUGCUGCAGAUUGAGAGGGACAUGUUGGAUGUCAGCCAAAUCAUGCAAGAUCUGGCCAGUAUGGUGCACGAGCAGGGAGAUGCCAUAGAUAGCAUUGAGGACUACAUUCAGACCACCACAUCCAACGUGGAGUCAGCCAAUCAGGAGCUAGCAAAGGCCAGCCAUCACCAGAGGCAGAUUAGGAAGAGGAAGUGUUACAUGCUGGUGGCGGGAGGCUUCAUCCUCACCCUCCUCAUCAUCAUCAUCGCUGUGUCAGCAAGAAAAUGAAACCAACUCCAGAGGUAGCCGCUGUCAUAAUGCUGUGACCUCGCUGCUUCUGCCCCACCUGACCACCUGAUCCCUGACCUGUACCAGCUGUCUCAGAGCAGGAGGGGCCUGCCCCACACCAACACCUCUACUUCGUCAUGGCUGUCCCUCCUUGGUUAUAUAGUUAGAUAUUUGGUGUGCGCAGGUAUAUGUGUGUGUGUGUGUGUGUGGGGUGUGUGUGUGUGUGGGGGGGAAUAGCUGGUACUUCUAUUACCAUCUUCAAGUGAAUGGCAUACUAGUCUACUGUGGCUCAUUUAUACUGUACCUAACUGUGGCAGCCAACCAGCCAAUCAUGGAAGAGAAGCUUCAGGUGUGGUGUCACCCAGAGCUGUUGAUGUAUCCACUUACUUUACCCUGUUUUCCUCUGUGUUUGUUAACUUGUUUUUGUUUUUUAAACACUGGAUCAUAUUUAUCUGAUGCUACUGUAUCUAUGAAGUAUGAUAUUAAAAUGUUGUGUAGUACUUAUAAAUGAUCAUUAGACAAAAAUGUAUCAAAUGGUAUGAAAAAAACCAACAGUACUUUAAAAUAUGAUUCACAGCUUUUUUCAUAGUCCUAUUUUACUAUCAUUUUACUCUUGCUAUGCAAACACAGGCACACUUGCACACAAACAUCUCUAUCUGCCAUGAUCUGAGUGUAAAGAGUGGAACAUGUGACAUAAAUUACAUGUUUGUUGAUCGCCUGAAGCACUCACCCUCUGGCCAAUCAAUUGGCAGUAGAGUCAACCACUUUCCCUCCAUUCCCUCCAAAUGUCUCAUCCUGUUACAUAUUUUCCAGGAAGGCUUAUUUAGAGAUAGUAAUAAAUAGACUUAAUUAAUCUCUCAGAGGGGUGAUUAUCAUCUCUCUGAUUUCUCCUCUGGGCUGUAUGUGUGUGCUAUUACUGAGUUCUCUGAAAAGAUGGGUAAGACUCUUCAGUGUGCAGCUUCACUGUCAGCUCCUAGCCUUUUCUGCUUCCAACGUCAUACAUCCUUCUUUAUCACUCUUCCCUCACAAUCCCCCGGCAUCAGUGGGCUUUAGCUCUUAACUCAUCGCAUGCAUACACAAAUCUGAAGUGUUUUAUUAUUGUUAUUUUCUGUUAGUCUUGCUGAAUCAUUGUACCAAGCUUUUUUAUUUUGUUUUUUAAUUUGUACCUUGCUGAGAAAAGGAACAAAAUGAACCAAAAUCACCAAAUUGUUUUUCUGAACCAAUCACAGGAUGUUGGUGGCACUUUAACUAAGGACUCGUGGCAAUGGCUGGAGCGGGAAUGUUGGAAUGGUAUUAAAAACAUCAAAAACAGCCUCCCGGGUGGCGCAGUGGUUAAGGGCGCUGUACUGCAGCGCCAGCUGUGCCAUCAGAGUCCCUGGGUUCGCGCCCAGGCUCUGUCGUAACCGACCGGGAGGUCCGUGGGGCGACGCACAA